AUGACUUGGAACCUUUUCAAAAAAAACCCCAAACCUGAACCCAUAAUAGCAGUUACUACAGGUGGUCCAAUACCUCCUACCGCUACAGUGGCACCAGCAGUCUCCCAGGAAAAUGCAACGCAGAUCUCAGGCCCAGUGGAGAGUACGGAGGACACUUUUGCAAAAUUUAAAGAAAAGUUUAUGAAUGAAAUAAAUAGAAUACCUUUGCCGCCAUGGGCCCUGAUUGCCAUUGCUGUCGUUGCUGGAUUGUUGCUGCUGACCUGCUGCUUUUGCAUCUGCAAGAAAUGCUGUUGCAAGAAGAAGAAGAACAAGAAGGACAAAAAGGGGAUGAAAAAUGCUAUGAACAUGAAAGAUAUGAAAGGCCAGAACAAACAGGAUGAUGAUGAUGAUGGAGAUGGCGAUGAGGAGGGAGAAGAGGAAGAGGAAAAGGAGCCAGAGAAUCUGGGCAAGCUGCAGUUCUCCCUAGAUUAUGAUUUUCAGGCUAACCAGCUCACAGUUGGAAUCCUCCAAGCAGCUGAACUUCCGGCAUUGGACAUUGGAGGUACGUCUGAUCCUUAUGUCAAAGUCUUCAUACUUCCAGACAAAAAGAAGAAGUUUGAGACCAAAGUACAAAAGAAGACCCUCAAUCCAACAUAUAAUGAGACUUUUGUCUUUAAGAUUCCAUACCAAGAGCUUGGUGGGAAGACUUUGGUGAUGGCCAUCUAUGACUUUGACCGAUUUUCUAAGCAUGAUAUCAUUGGGGAAGUCAAGGUACCCAUGAAUACUGUGGACUUAGGACAACCCAUUGAAGAAUGGAGGGAUCUAGAGAGUGCAGAAAAAGAGGAACCAGAGAAACUGGGAGACAUCUGUAUCUCAUUACGAUAUGUACCCACUGCUGGGAAAUUGACUGUCUGCAUACUGGAGGCCAAGAAUUUGAAAAAGAUGGAUGUUGGAGGUCUUUCUGAUCCCUAUGUGAAAAUUCAUCUGCUGCAGAAUGGCAAAAGGCUUAAGAAGAAGAAGACUACAGUCAAAAAGAAGACCCUGAACCCCUAUUUCAAUGAAUCUUUCAGCUUUGAGAUUCCCUUUGAGCAGAUACAGAAAGUGCAAGUUGUAAUUACUGUUCUGGAUUAUGACAAGUUGGGAAAGAAUGAAGCUAUUGGAAAAGUCUUUGUUGGCAACAAUGCUUCAGGCACAGAGCUCAGGCACUGGUCUGACAUGCUGGCCAACCCUCGCCGCCCCAUUGCCCAGUGGCACUCCUUGAAACCUGAAGAAGAGGUGGAUGCAGCUCUUGGAAAAAACAAAUAG